UGAUGAGCUAGUGAAGGUGGAUUGUUCUCAUUGUAUGUGCAGUCUUCUCACCACAGACCUCUCACUCCUUCCAUCCCACUUUCUCCACUCCACAGCUCCUUCUCCCUCCUGAGUGGCUAUAGUACUCCAUCAGCACUGCUAAGAACAGCCUCAUUGCCCUGGGCAACCCUCACCUUCCUCAGGCUCUGAGAAUGGAGAUGGGAUUUCCAGAGGUAUCUUCAAACUCCUCUGCUUGCAAGAUUAUCUUCUUUAUGUAACUACAGGGGCUGGAAGACAGCUACAGGCAAAGGAAGUUUACAAACCAUACAAGGACUAGCUGCAGCUUCACUUUUAUUGCUACAUACAGGUGUAAUAUUGAAAAGAUGAGUAACAUAUACGAAUCAGCAGCCAAUACCCUUGGAAUCUUCAACAGUCCAUGUCUCACUAAGGUGGAAUUGCGAGUUUCUUGCAAGGCGAUAUUGGACAGAGAUGCACUCUCCAAGCCGGAUCCCUGUGUUAUCCUGAAAAUGCAGUCACAUGGGCAGUGGUUUGAGGUGGACAGAACAGAGGUUAUCAGAACAUGCAUCAACCCCAUUUUCUCCAAAAUUUUCACUGUUGACUUUUAUUUUGAAGAAGUCCAGCGCCUUCGUUUCGAAGUUCAUGAUAUCAGCAGCAACCACAAUGGCUUGAAAGAUGCAGAUUUUCUCGGUGGAAUGGAAUGCACUUUGGGACAGAUUGUGUCACAAAGGAGACUGUCAAAAUCAUUGCUGAAGCAUGGAAACACAGCGGGGAAAUCAUCUAUAACGGUGAUCGCAGAAGAGUUAUCUGGAAAUGAUGACUAUGUUGAACUCUCUUUCAGUGCCAGGAAACUAGAUGACAAGGAUUUUUUCAGCAAGUCAGAUCCAUUCUUGGAAACCUUCAGAAUGAAUGAUGAUGGCACUCAGCAGCUGGUUCACAGGACUGAGGUUGUCAUGAACAAUUUGAAUCCGGUUUGGAAAACAUUUAAGGUCUCGGUAAACUCGCUUUGCAGUGGUGAUCAUGAUCGCAAACUAAAGUGCAUAGUCUGGGACUGGGACUCUAAUGGAAAACAUGAUUUUAUUGGAGAGUUCAGCUCAACGUUCAAAGAGAUGAGAGGAGCAAUGGAAGGAAGACAGGGCCUCCUGACUUCCAUCACUAGCACACAGUAUACUGGGAAGCGCCCCGAGGAAUCCUGCCAUACUACCACCAAGUGCAGCCCUUCAUUGACAAAAGACUGUGCGCAUUCGGGAGAGGUACAGUGGGAGUGCAUAAAUCCAAAGUACAAAAUGAAAAAGAAAAACUAUAAAAAUUCCGGUAUCGUAAUUCUCAACUUGUGUAAGAUACAUAAAAUGCAUUCAUUUUUAGACUAUAUCAUGGGUGGAUGUCAAAUACAGUUUACAGUAGCAAUUGAUUUCACGGCAUCAAAUGGUGACCCACGGAACAGUUGCUCUCUGCACUAUAUCCAUCCUUACCAGCCCAAUGAGUAUCUCAAAGCACUGGUGGCUGUUGGGGAAAUUUGCCAAGACUAUGACAGUGACAAAAUGUUUCCUGCCUUUGGUUUUGGUGCCAGAAUACCUCCAGAUUAUAAGGUUUCCCAUGAUUUUGCAAUAAAUUUUAACGAAGACAACCCAGAAUGUGCAGGUAUACAAGGAGUGGUAGAAGCCUAUCAGAACUGCCUGCCCAAGUUACAACUAUAUGGACCAACCAACAUUGCUCCGAUUAUUCAGAAAGUGGCAAAGUCGGCUUCAGAGGAGUCCCACACAAUGGAUUCUACGCAAUACUUCAUCUUGCUCAUCUUAACGGAUGGGGUUAUCACAGACAUGGCUGACACCAGGGAAGCCAUAGUUCACGCCUCUCAUCUUCCCAUGUCCGUCAUCAUUGUCGGUGUUGGAAAUGCUGAUUUUAGUGACAUGCAGAUGUUAGAUGGAGAUGAUGGAAUACUGAGGUCACCCAAGGGAGAGCCUGUUCUCCGGGACAUUGUUCAGUUUGUGCCAUUCAGGAAUUUCAAACACGCUUCUCCAGCUGCUCUGGCAAAAAGUGUUUUGGCUGAAGUUCCAAACCAAGUUGUGGACUAUUACAAUGGCAAAGGGAUCAAACCAAAAUGUGCAUCUGAAUAUGAGUCUUCCAGGACAUUAGGACCUUGAACUGCUCUGCACACUUAUUCAGUGUCUCAAAAUAACAAUAAUAAUCAACAUAAUAACCAUAUAUAGCACGUUUUAGUGAUUUUUAAACUUACCAACAUAUUUUUUUCAUGCAUGUAUUGCUGAAGGCUUGGAUCAGCAUAGCAGUUGUAUUGUUAAAGACUUUUUAUGGAAACAAAAAAAGUACAGCAUGUUGUCUCAAAAAAAUGGUAAUUGUUUCUGUUUUUUAUACAGAUUUGUUGAAAUUUUGCUAUAUUUCUUAUAUUUACACUUUAAAAAACCUUUUGAAAUAUAUCAUGAAAGCUCAUAGACACUACACAGUUUUAUCUGCUGGGAAACAAACCUUUUCUCUGUUAGACUGUAAGUUUAUGGUGUUUUGCAUGUCAGAAAUAUAAUUCCGGGUUUACAGAUUCUAGUAAAUUACCUCUUGAUACAAGUGGCCGACUUUACAUUUUGUAGCCAUUUUUCAAAGUACAGGAAUAUGGCAUUUUGUAAAAGGAAUCGAUAUUUAUAAUGGCAAGUCUAGACAGAUUUUUAAUAUGCUAAACCCAUUAUUAUUUCCAUAGCUGUAUAAUCUAAUGAAUAUAACAUUGUAACACAGAUUAUUAGAUUUAGAUAGUCACAACAAAUGAAAGCAUUUCAAGGUAUAGCUCUGUUCUGUAGCAAAUGCAUUCUGAUAGCCCCGAGGUUGGUAGACAUUGUAUCCUAUAAGUUCGUCCUCUUGUACACCUACAUUUUCAUCUUGUUUUAAGUGUUUUUCUUGGAAAUACUCUAAAAGCACAUUGUAGCAUAGCAGACUAUGUACUAUUUGAAAUAAAAUGUCUGUACCAGACAAAAAGCACGAGAUGAAAAUAUUAAUAUUGUAAAUUGUAGUUUACAACCAUAAAAGCAAACAGUUUAUUUUAUGAUGAUCCUUACGUAGCACUCAAAAUGUAGGUGCAUUUUGUUAUAUUUGCAUCAUAUAUUUAUGUACAGUAACAGUACAUUCAGAUACUAUUUACAGUAUGUGUAGUAGACAGCAUACAUAAAUAAGACAAAGGUUUGUUUUUUUACUCUAGGGUUUUUAGAUACCUUGACAGAGAUUCCCCAGAAUACAAUAGUUUUGUGAGAUAGUUAUCAGGGUUACACAUGGUUUUAUAGCUGCUCAUUCUACUUAAUGGUCCCCCAGAACAGGUAUAAGGGUGGUUACCCUUUUACCUCUGGUGAGGUUCAGGCACAACUUGUUAUUGGAAUGUGAGGAACAUAGGGAAAUCUAGGAUUUACCCAUCAUCAUCAUGUUCCCCAGAAGACAAAAGCUUAUUUAUAUCUUAUAGGUAUCAAGAUUGGACAUAUGUGGUAUCACAUAUUAAAGUAUGAAAAUGUUUGUAUUGGGUUAUAUCUCAUCAAUAAAAACUGCACAAUUUUAGUUUUAAAUGUCUAGUAUAAAUGUCCUAAAAAGGCACGACUUUUGUGGCAUCCUGCUGUAUGCAGUAAGCCAUAAUACCCAAUGACUGGAGAACAUCUCUUUGACAAUAAGAAAUCACUGCUCAGACUGGCCAAUAAUGGUCCUUCGGAGGUGGUAUCAUAGCAAUUACCAUUUACCACUGGUGAGCAUUAUAAUUCACCUGUAAUGGAAAUAAAGGGAUAUUUUAGAACCCUCUGCACCAGUAUGGCACAUGAGUAAGUUUAGGAUUUGCCCCAUCAUUAGGAUGAACUGCAGGAUUUAGCUAGCAUGUGUUAUAGAUGAAAAUCUCAAAGACAUGUGUUCUCGAUUCUUGUGAUGUUUCUAUCUAUCAUUAAUCAGUCUUUAAAUAUACUAACGUAAUAUGAUUAAACUUAUAUACUAUGCCAGGCGCCACUCACACAGUCAAGAAACAUUCUACUUACCAUUUCUUUUACUAUAUUGAGGUUUUCUGUGGAAGUACUCCUGAAUACAGAAUACUAUUGUGUUCUCUUUAUGACAUAUUGUUGGUAUUUUCCCAAUCCAGAAAUGAUUGUAAAGCCAUAUGAGAAGGCAUUUACACACACAAAAAGAGAAAAUAUUACCUUGCCUUACUUGGCUUUUUAUUUGUCAACAAAUUGUUGACCGUUUAAAGAAUACCCUUUGCCAUUUAUGAAUAUAUUAUAUAAGUUAUGCAAUUGUAGCACAAUUAAUGCUAUUUAACUUGUACAUUAUUGCCCUACUUGGAAAGUACCCUAGAGGUUACCAAUUUUGUGAUAUCCCUGUAACAUACCCCUCUAAAGUGGUCAUUCAUUGGCAUGGGCAUCCGUGAAUGAUUUCUAUCAUACCUGUAUGUCAAAUACUGCAUCGAUACAGAGCAUUUGUCCAAACAAACCUGAAAGGGAACUUUUUUUAUACUCCCACAGCUCACAAAUGAGUUUUGAUUUUUGACAUUUGUUCUACAGUAAUACAGUUUAUUUUCAUACCUGUCAGAAUUUUGUCAUGUCAUUUAUUAUACUCCUGAAUGGACCUGGUGUCUCCCGAUCUUAAAGAUUUACCAGCUGUCAACAAGCUCUUGUGAUUGUUUCUUCUAAGUAGGAAUAUAAAGGACAUGUGAUGUAAAUUGUAUGGAGCUCUGUGCAUCUUGUAUUUGCUGUACUUUGGCAUGCUGAAUUUUUAUGUUUGAUAUUAAUAUUGCACAAUUUUAGGCUUUUCUACUAUGUUGCUCCAGAUUUCUAAGCUAUAUAUAUAUAUGUAGUGUUAUUUCCUGUGGAGGACUAUGCAGAGGGCAGCUGGUAACUGACAAUAAUGGGUACGACUGUGUAAGCACUUUUAUAUAUCAAAAUUAAAGUAAAUCAAAUAGAUGUGUUAUCUUUUUGUUUAAUGGAAACUUGUUGUAGAGACUGUGUUAAAGUUUACAAUGCCUGUAAUGAAAACCUAGACAAUGUAACAUAGAAAAUGUAAUGCAACACCCCUUAUGAAGCAACUGAGCUUGAAAUAUUCAAGUCAUAACACCCCCCAUUCCAGAACAAGAGAGCCCAGAUCUUGUAAAAGAUGUAUGACUCUCAGGCCAAUACCCCACCCUGUUUGCAAAAAAAAUAGCCAUUGUUGUAAGGAAAGUGAAGUUGAAACUGAAGCUUUAUACCAAACUUAAAUGGGCAUUCUCAUUAAAACAAAUUUUUACUAUUGCACUCCUUAUGGUAAAUAAAAGAUCUUUCUAAUAUACUUUGUUUUAAAAAAAAUGAAGUUUUCUAUGUUUUAUUUGUGUUUAAAAAAAAAGUUGCCACUAGGUGUCUUCCUAUUUGUCCGGAGCACAUUUACCCCCAUCUUUUGCACAGACUUUGGACUUCUGCUGGCCCGGCAGAAGUCCAAACACAGGAAAUGCAGUCUAGAGUGCUGAGGGGGAUGUGUACAGCCUUAUCCAAUCACAGCUCCUCUCACACUUAACUGCCACUUGCUGUUGGUUGUAGAGUAAGGGAGGAAUUUCUCCCCUGUAUGGCUUCAGAAGAUGUCACAGCCUGCUUGGUAACGCCCCUUCCCAGUCUGUGAACCUGAACCUGAGGCUCAGCAGAAAAUACAGAGCAUUAGCACAGUAGAAAACAAAAAAAAAGUCAGGGGGUGGGUUAUCAUGAUGGGGGAAGUGAACUAGGAGGAUCAUAUAAUUUAUCAAGUUAAUGAGAGGUACUCUUUAAAUUAAGGCCUCUGUGGUCCCUUAAAGGGGCAUUUAAUGAUUACAUUUUACAAUACUGUUCUAUUAAAAAAACCUGAAAUAUUGAUUUGAAAUUAUUUUAAGAAAUGCUUGUGUCUAGAUAUUACUAUUACACAUUUGUUAUGGGGCUCCCUGUUCUUUUGAUUUGCUCCCAGAGCAUUCACCAAUACUUAUUGACCGGCUUGCCCAAUAGCAAGAGUCACUCUGCUGCAUGUGUACAAGGUGUGAGCACCAACUUUGACACUUUUUGUGGACAUUUCGCUGUAAUAUCUACACACAAAAUGCUAUUUUUACAUGGUUUCCAUUGAGAGAUUGUUAUAGUUUGGGUUAUCUGAGAAAUUUACUUUUGCUUACGUUUUAUUUAGUUUUAAAAUGGGAGUUUUAUGUUUAACAUUCUACAGCUACUCUAGUUUUCUAUUAUAAAGUUGUUGUUUUUUAUCAUUGUUUAAGUCAUUGAUUAGGGAUAAGACACACAAGCUGUUUAUUCAUUUAACUCUUAAUUUUUAACACAGUAGGUGGCUUAAAAACUAUAACACAAUUCUACAAGAAAACAUAACUUACCCAGUUUUUGAGAAACAGUAAGCUAUGUAAGUGAAGUAACUUUGCUACCCUGGCUUCACAGUGAAAGUCUUUUCGCAGGCUGCUAUCAUUCUUCUAUUGACUGGUGUGCUACCUUUGUACACACAUUGAAGAUUAGUACUUGUUUAGGAUUUACUUUGUUUUUCCCUCUAUAUCAUAAAGCAAUCUCAUCCAUUGGUUUGUUUUUGUUUUUUUGAAGAAAAAAAUAUUUUUAUACCAUUUUUGUGCGUAAUUUCUUCAGGUUGUUAGACUAAAUUACAGGAGCUAAAGCAAGCAAUAGUUUUCUGUUGUAAAUAAGCAGUGUGCAGCAUGAGGCUAGAUGUCUUGUCCUGUUAGUUUCUGAUGAUUGCCUAUACUUACUAUCCAUUAGGACAAAGGUCUUCAACACUGUUUUAGCGAAAUCAUUAUUAUUAGCUAAAAGAUUGUAGUCCAAAUCUCCAAAGAAGGUUUGAACCGCAUAGCAACAAAUAAUAAUAGUCUAUCAAAAAGUUUAAACAGUAUCACAGCUCAGACUCAGUUACAGGCUCAAAUUACAGAUCCCUGUUGUAUGGAAGUGUAUAAUUUAGAUAUAGCGAUCUUCAAUACUCAUACAUCACUAUACUAUUAACUAAUAGUAUGCAUACUAGAAUGGUACACUAUAUGAACAGCCCAUUGUAUGCCACUGGUUUUAUACAGAUACAUGCAGACUUAUAUAGAAUCGGUUGGAAAAAAAUAUUUUGGCAUAUUACACUGCAUGCCAUUUCAUAAAAGUAUUUUGUCCCAGAAGCUUUGGAAGAAUAGUUUGCCACAGCAUGCCAAUGGCUCGGAACAGUAAGUACUCUGUGUGCUGCUGUACAGGCUGUUUGCAUGCAGCCUGUAAAGUAGCCCACAGAAAUUAGUAUGUAGGAAAAGCUGGCCAUUAAUAGUGCAUACUAUUCACUGCAUUUGUCUACUAGGGACCAGGGACCAACAUGCAAGGUACCUGGGACUGGGGCUAUACAAGGCUCAUGUAGCAACUCAUUUGAAAACAUGGCACUUAAUGCUGUAGACGACAUAGGAAAACAAGCAAACACAAAAUGUUACGCUACCAUGAUAAAAGUAAAUUGAAACAGGAUUUGAGACUCUGUAGACAUUUUGUUCUUCAGAUGAGCUAUAUCUCUCAGUCUGUGAGACUUUGUGGUCUGGCAGUAAAAACUAAAAUAGAGGCCAACAGCAGACAGCUCAAACUUUUAAGCUCUUUCGUAUCUUGGUACCUUUAAUGUAAAAACUUGUCAUCUAAAUUGAUUUAGAAGACUUUUAAAAUGUUUAAUUAUAAAAUAUGGCCUAAAAACCUAACUUAUUCCAGUGGCUUACCAAAGAGUUUGUUACGUUUGUAUAUAUGGCAAAUACUAAAAUUCACAAAACUUCGUUGGCUUGAACCAUCCUAAUUGCCUCUGCAUGAAAUGGUCUUUAGUCAUAGGAACCAACAUGAAAUCAUCUUUAUUUAUUUUUUUACAGACAUUGGGAAAAAAAGAAACACGUACUCUUAUUGGUACUACAGAAAACUGUCUCACUAAGCCUGAUAUUCAAUUUACCCAUAGCAUGUGUAGUGGGCUGAAAUGCUUUAGAUCAGAAAAGCUAUUCUUCCAAAAGUCCAUUACUAAGGCGACAAGGAUUUGUAAAAUCUGAAGAAAGGAUGGAGAGUAAGAGUAAUGUAAUAUAUAUAGAUAUCUACUGUUCUAAAUGUGCAGCGUAUCCAUUGUCAUUUUAAGUCUUACAACUGUAAUGCACAUAGAAAACCAGCACAACUAUAUUAAAAAGCCCUGCAUGCAAAAAAAAUAAAAGUGUAUAAUGGUUUAGCAUGUUGGUUAUUGCAUUAAUUAGUACUUUAGCCAAGUGCAUUGCAUUGCCAAAUGAAUGAAACCUAUUCUAUGAGAAAGGAACAUAUCUGUACAAAGUGACUUUUAAACUGCACCUUGAUAAUAUUUUGGACUAGAACUAGGGCCAGCAAGUUUACAAUUUCUUCUGGAUUUAAGUUGGUCCUUAUAGGUUCUCGACUCCUUUAUUCCUUGUUUAGGAUCCCUCUGAAUGUACCGCAGUAUGUUGUCAAGUUAAGUGAACAACAAAUUUGUAUCCUCUUUUUGUGGUUUUGAUCCAGUUACAUUUUGCAUGAAACAAUACCUUGAUAAAUUCUGGCAUGGAAUAUUGUGUGAGGUUACUGAACUGCCUAUGCUUUUCUUGUAAAUAAAACCUAUAAAAUGAGAAGAGAGCAGAUGUAUGAAUAUAUGUAAGAAUUCUAUUAUACGAUGUGUCAUUGGCUUGAGUCCUUGUCUCAGGCGGACACUGGAUCUUUCGUUUUCUAUUUUUAUUUUAUUUUUGAGAAUUUAUGUAAGGAAUCUUCAUUUCAAUAGGGUGGCUGUAAAAGCACAUUUGAAGAUAAUGUACAAUUUUGGGGAUGAUAUAAUACUGUGAUAAACAAAGAUUUACAAUAAUUUUACAUUGUUGGAUUUUAUGAAUAAAUUAAGCGCC